UGGCAGCCUCAGUCGUCCGCGAACCUUCAUCGAAGAACGUUCCUCGUAAUAAUUCACAUUAAAUAUACAUAUAUACGCAUGAACUAUGAUAACUAAUCGAAAACAAAAAAUGUUCUAAUUCGACAAAAAAAAAAUGUCUCGAAAAAUGUGAACAAACGUAUGGAAUUGUUGUUUUCCAAUAUCAAGAAAAACAUUUUUUAUUUUUACUUUCAUUCGUUAAGUGCACGCACACCAACAAAAAAUACGAUCGUUCGUUUAUAAGAUAAUAAUAAUAAUAAUAUUAUUAUUAUUAUAUAAAUAAAUAGAAUAUCGAAUUAACGAGAAAUCUAUUUGAUAAAUUUAAGUUUUCAUCGAUCUUCGUUUCGAUUGAAUCAAAUUGAAUUGAAUCGGAUUUAAUCGAAGGAUCAAACGAUCGACUGAUAGAUCGAUCGAUCAUCGAUCGUACGAAAGGAAAAAAAAAACAGAUCAAAGGUGAUAUAAACGCGGUUAACUAGUGCUCGAUAAUGAGGACGAUUUCGUAUCAUCUACGUCUUCGUAACGCUAACGACGAUUUUGGUGAAUAAUUUAUCGCGAUUUGUAACUCUGACAUAAAUCAUGUGGAAACUUUGGAUCCUUCUGCUCUGUGCGACAGGGAUAUCCUCGACCUUGGUAGAUCCUCACAGUUUCGGUAUAACCAUUUCACCAAAAAAUCAAGACAGACCAAAUCGACAACACCAACGGAUCAAACGAUUCGCCUGCCCAAUAGGAUUUUUUCGAUUGAAAAGAUUUUGCUAUUACUUGAGCGCAGGUACUGCACCCUGGAGAGAAGCGCACUUUCAUUGCAAGGACAGAAAUGCAACUUUGGCGGUACUCGAUAGAAAUGGGAAAGAUAGAAUGUUAAGGAAAUACCUGAUGGGUGAUCAAUUUACAAAAUUGGAACGAUGGAUAGGUGGAAUUUAUAACUGGCAACAGAUGGCUUGGGAGUGGGGUGUUACCGGCGAGAAAAUGGUUUUUCAGAGCUUUGGUAAAAUAAAUCCCGGCAAGUCUGAACAAUACGCCUGGCAUUGCAUUGUAUUGGACCCUUCUUUGAAAUAUAAAUGGAACGCCAAAAGUUGUGUGCAACCGAAGCAUUAUAUUUGUGAAGUACCAGCCGGUAGAAUAGCCAGAAGACGUAAAAAGACGGCCGAUCCUUUUGCACCGCAAUACCAAAGAUUAAAGCCGCGUAAACAAGGGAAAAAAUAUCUCGGCGAGUUUCAGAGGCAAAAUAAUAGACGAAAAAAAAAUCUGACUGAUUGGACCAGAGAUUGGACCGAACAAAACGCGAAUCAACAAUGGGCUCAUGGCGUGAAUCCUGGCUCGAGGCCACCUAUCAGACUGAGAAAUUCGAAGGAAAAAAUGCGACAUCAUUCUAAUAAGACGAUUUCUAGUGCGACUGCGCCGAAAGUCGCACAAAUUUUAUCUCAAAAGCAAGAAUACGGUGCUUUUAUGGGAGAUGGACCGAGCAAUGGGGGACAUAAUCAGCCGCAAUCAUUAUCAAAUGUAAACGACGUAUUAUCUCAAUUCCAAGCGAAAAUCAAUGAUUUUGCUCGAGAGGAGGUUUUGCUUAAAGUUUAAAAAAAUGUAAUCCAAUUUACACCACCGAGUCUCAUCGACUUCUCGUAAUGCCAUUUUUUGUCUUUUCUCUUUAUUUCUUUCUCUCUCUCUCUCUCUCUCUCUCUCUCUUUUCUAUCUUUUUAGUAAACGAUUUUCCUCAUUUUUUAGUAUUUUUUUGUUUUUUUUUAGAUUAGGAAACAAAUAUUUGAGAAAUCUCUCGAGGCUACAGACUGAGAUAAUUUAUUUAAUUGAAAAUGAAAAGCCGAUUCCUCCAUAGUUCCUUUUCUCUCCUUCUCUUUCUCUAUCUUUCUAAACUUUAUUAAUAGCUAAAUCGAACGUUGCGAUAAACGAUUUAAUUGUAGAACAA